AAUUGUUAUGUCUAUAAUAUGGUCUAGUCUGUGCUGAAAUGUGUUUUGUAUGCACUAUGCAGGUCGGGAACUCCCACCAUUUAAUAGAUUUGUGGAUGUUCGAGAUGUUGCAUAUGCUCACAUUCAAGCAUUUGAGAUUCCUUCAGCCGCUGGCAGAUACUGCAUAGUUGAAAGCGCCAUAGACGUUUCUAAGUUGUGGAAGAUCUUGCAUCAACUUUUCCCUGAGUUCCACCUUGAUGAAAAAUUUGAAGAUAAGCCUAUUAAGAAACUGUACCAAGUAUCCAAAGAGAAAAUUAAGAGCUUGGGUGUCAACUUCAUUCCUUUGGAGGUGAGUCUCAAGGACACUGUUGAGAGCUUGAAGGAGAAGGGUUUCAUUAGCUUCUGAAUCUCAACCAUUGACUUUACUGUUUUUAACUUCCUUUUUUUCUCCACUUCAUUCAGUUUUUAUUAGUUUUUUAAUAAAAAUCAUGUGGCUGUACCAAUAAAGUGGAUAUUAUUAUCAGACAAACCCAAAGGGAGAUUCCCUUGUUAUUUCUAAAGCAUUUGUUUCUAUAUGGAAUAUGCAUGUUCAUAUUAUUUAGUAAUAUAUGACAUCAGAUGCU